AAUAAAAACACAACAAUGAUUACAAAAGACGAAACUUCCAGCACGCCAGUAAAAGGUCAUUUUCUUCAUCCAACUGCCAAUGGUAGACAGGAUGUAUUGGCUUUAAAGCAACAAUUAGCCGAUGCGUUGGGUGAAAAUGGACCACUGUACUGGGAUGCUUUACGAGAUUUUGUCAUGGGCAAACUCAAUCGACAAGAAUUUGACUUUUAUGCCAAUUUAUACUUGAGCAGACAAAAUGCGUAUCUUCACAAUGCAUUUAUCUUAAGUACAGUACAUAACGCACAAACGAAUACACCACCUCCUUCCAAACAUCGCCUUGUGGGCUGGGCAAAACGAAAGCGAGGCAAAGAUGGAUCAUUGGCAGUGGAUGGGGACAGUGAUCAAGAUCCCAGAAAGCGUAAACUCAAACUAGACGUCAUGGCUUUGAAUAAAGCUGAUCGUGAAAGGUUGAAGGCACUUGUGAAAUCGGGUGAUAAAAACAAAUUGAGACCGUAUGUGGAUCGAUUAUUAGGCACACGUAUCAGUCGACCUCCUACUUUACCAUUUGCAUUAGACCAACUACCACAAAAUUUCAGUCAAGAAUAUUCAAAGGGCUUAAUGGCUCCCUUAUGCAUUGAUUUAAAGGAACUACCGACACCCGAAACUUUACAUGCGAGAAUGACGAGUAUUGCACUAGAGAAUGGAUUAUUAGGAGGGAUCGGAGAGGAUGUGGUCAAUGUCAUGUUAUUUGCAGCAGAGAAUUAUAUCAAGUCAUCCAUCACUAGCGCGAUAAGUAAAAGAAGAGUGAAUAAGUGUAUUGGUGUAAAAAUGGUGCGUCCUGAGGAGGAAGAAGAAGAAGAGAAAGAAGAAAAUGCGGAGGGAUCAUCCAUCAAUUUACGUGAUCUUGCCUUUGCUUAUCAUAUUACACCCUAUGUAUUAGUGGAAAAUCCAUUAAAUGCAGAGAAAUUGACCGCCUUGUUGAAUGACAGUGAGGAUGAAGUUGUGGUAGAUAAUUUGGGCGACAGCAGCUCAGAGGAAGAUUACGAGUUGUAAAUGUCAUACUCUAUUAAUAAAAUAUCCUAAUUUGUUUGCUUAAAAUAAA